AUGGUCAAAUCUCGCUCGCCAUUGGCAAAAUUAGCCAUUGCUGCCAUCACUGUGCUGUCGGGUCUCUUCUUUGUUCUUUACUUCCACCCCGCUAGAUUGGCAACUCCAGGGCGCAGUAUUGCAACCAUCAAAACUUCUCAGCAUGAAUUAGAAGAGAUCCCAUCGAGAGUUUCAACAAUACCAGAGAAAUUAUGGUACAAAGUUGGCCCAAAAGGCUUGAGCAACGAGUCAAGAGACUGGAUGGAUGAUUGCUUGCACAAGAAUCCCAAAUAUGUCUCGGAGAUCAUGACGGACGAUUCGGGUGAUCUUUAUGUGAAAAAUACUUUCGCCCAUCGACAGGAUAUUGUCCAAACCUAUCUUAACCUGACGGUACCAAUCCUUAAGGCCGACCUCCUUCGAUACCUGCUUCUCUUUGCAGAAGGCGGGAUCUGGUACGACCUGGAUGUCUCUUGUGGCGACGUUCCAAUUCAUGAAUGGAUUCCAGAAAAGUUUGCCUCCAAUGCGAGCCUUGUUGUGGGCCUGGAGUUCGACGAAGGAUGGGGCGAGGGUAUUGUGCGCCAAUUCGCAAGCUGGACGAUCAUGGCAGCUCCUCAUUCACCGCACAUGAGAGUUGUCAUCGAUGAUAUCUUGGAAGCAAUCCACCAGAAAGCAGAGGAGCGAGCUAUUGGGGUUCGUGAUUUGACGCUUGACAUGAUAGGCGAUGUGGUGGACUUCACCGGCCCUAGGCGUUUGACGCGUGGAGUCAUGAAGAGCCUGGGCUCAGCGCUGAAUAGGACAGUCGAGAUGGACAGUAUUUCUCAUCUUUUGGAGCCCGUCAUGAUCGGCGACGUCCUGGUUUUGCCGGGAUAUUCGUUCGCUGCAUCUGCCAACAAAUAUGUGAAUGAAACGGGGCCUGCAUUGGUGACUCACCAUUACGCUGGGAGCUGGAAGAAUCAGAAGGGAGGCGAGACAACUUGA